UCACUAUUCUUAGCUUUAAAGAAAUUUGUGGUCUGCUCAGAUAACAACAGACUAGAAAACAAGAUGGAUUUUGAGAAACUUCUGCAAGAAAAAUAUACUAAUGUCUUUCGAAAAGGAUAUUCUACAGCUAAAGGUUUCACAGUUACUAAACGAUAUGAUGAAUUGAAAGAAGAUUUAGAUAAUUUACAAGUCAGUGAAAACGAUAUAUGGAUAUGUAGUUUUCCCAAAUGUGGAACGACAUGGACCCAAGAAAUGGUAUGGAUGAUCAUUAAUAACCUUGACUUUGAAAGAGCAAAACGGCCUUUAGAUGAGCGCAGCCCUUUCGUUGAAUUUUCCAUGCUGUACGAUGAUAGAGAAUUGUUUGAUAAAAAGCCAGAUUAUAAACCUGCUCUGUACCUGCAUGACUCAAUAGGACACUACAAAAGUUUGAAGAGUCCGCUACUAGUUAAGUCACACUUACCUAUAGAUUUACUCCCAAAGCAACUGCGUGAAGGCUCAAAAAAACCUAAGAUCGUCUAUGUGGCACGAGAUCCUAGAGACGUUUGCAUUUCUUAUUAUCACCAUAGUAAAUUGAUAGAAGGAUUUAAAGGCACCUGCGAAGAAUUUUGCGAAUUAUUUUUAGCUGGAAAAGUACCAUAUGCACCUUAUUGGCAACAUGUAUUACCAUUUUGGGAAAAAAGAAAUAAUCUAAAUGUGCUUUAUUUAAAAUACGAGGACAUGAAAAAAGAUUUACCUAGUAUUGUCCGUCAAGUUGCUGCUUUUGUAGGACGUUCUUUAACUAAUGAACAGGUGCAAAUUUUAGCCAAUCAUCUCAGUUUUGAAUCUAUGAGUAAAAAUAAAGCUGUUAAUAAGGAAGAACACAUAGAAAAUAAAAGAAGGAAUAACUUGACGGAUUAUCAAGAAGGCAAAUUUAUGAGAUCUGGUAAAGUGGGAGAUUAUAAGACUUCAAUGACGCCAGAAAUAUGUGUAAAAUUUGAGAACUGGAUUAAAAACAAUAUCGAAAAUACUGAUUAUGUUAUCUAAUAUUUGAAAUAUCAACAUAUUUCUGUAAUAUGUUUUACCUUUAAAUAACACAUUAAAUAUUAUUAUUCCAUU